AUGGAGCUAUCAACUAGAAAUAUAAUUUCAUCUAUUUAUUCUGAAGAAUAUACAGAAAAAUGGAAUGUAUGUUCUAAAAAGAAGAAGAAAAAGAAGGGAGAUAAACAAAUGGAACAAAAUUAUGAAGAUUCGACAAAGGAUAAAGCCAUUAUGAAUGUAGAUAAGUUUUAUGGUGAUACACUUUUUGAAAAUUAUCAUGAUUUGAAUAAAAACAAAACAAGGAAUUCAAAUUCAAACAAAGAUGAACUGACAGGAAGAAUUCCUAUUGCCAGUGCUUUGGGAGGAGACACUUUAGUUAAAAAGAAGAAGAAGAAAAAGAAGGAAGAUAAACAUAUGGAACAAAAUUAUGAAGAUUCGACAAAGGAUAAAGCCAUUAUGAAUGUAGAUAAGUUUUAUGGUGAUACACUUUUUGAAAAUUAUCAAGAUUUGAAUAAAAACAAAACAAGGAAUUCAAAUUCAAACAAAGAUGAACUGACAGGAAGAAUUCCUAUUGCCAGUGCUUUGGGAGGAGACACUUUUUAAGUAUCUAUGAAAGUUAAAAUCGCUUUACAUAAUCACAUUUUUAUUUAUUGUACAGUCAAUGAUAAAUAAGUUAAUUAAUUUUGUUUAACAUUAUAUUAAAAUAUUUUUGUAUGUGAUAUUGUAUUUU